AUGGCGACGAGCGGGGUGUGGAUUUGGGCUCUUGGGCUCUUGCUAGCCGCCGCGCUCGCCAUGAGCCAGCAGACCUCCACCUUGCAGGUGGGCUUGGUGACCCUCACGCAGUCAGCGCUGAACGAUGCCCCCGAGCGCUUCUUUGCCCCCUUGCAACAGCAAAUUACGGCUCAGGUGGCCAGCACGGCCAUUGAAAGCGUGGCUGUGGCCGCCGAUCCCAUUCAUUGCGAGCCAUAUCCAAUGUCCUACACUUGGUUGGCGUCGGACGCCGCCCGCUCUGCCACGCUGUUGAAUGAUACCCUCCAGCUCGUGAUUCAAGCCGACGGUAUUCACGUCAGCGCCCAAUUUACCCUGGCUUUAAAAGACAUUCCCGUCAGCGCCGAAUCCUUUUGCUAUUACAACGUCGUGUCCAACGACGAUGACGGCUGGUGGGCCGAUGCUGAGGAGGAAGGUGAUGAGGAGGGUGGCCAGGUGCUCACUGACCGCCGGGGCCUACCCGAUGGCUUCUUUGUGGAUCCCGACCCCGUUGACCCCUCGGAUCCAUACCUGGACUUUGAGCCCUUCCCACCCCCGUACUAUGACGAAAAUGGCACGCAGCUCACGUGGGCCGACAUUGAAGAUCCCGUCGGCGUGACAUGCGUGCCCAACUCGGACAACAAGGACGUCAACACGGACGACACGGUGACCCACAACGACUGGUUUGGCUCCUCCAGCACCACCACCCAUCACCUCUGUCAAUCCGCUGUCCUGUGCUCGGGCACCGCCACCGUCAACGCCCAGAUUGAGCUUACCGGUGUGGUCGGCUUUCAGUUGCUGGCCAAUGGUUCCGUCCAGAUCGUCCCCACCUUCCAGACCCAGAUCAUGAGCCUCACCACGAGCAACUGCACCACCCUCUGGGCGGCAUCCGAUGGCUCCAUGGGCUUUGGACAGCUCUCCUCUCGUUGGUUUAUCGGUAACCUGACCCAGAACGUCAUACAGGCCAGCGUGGCCGAACUUCAGAGCCUGGCCUACGGCUCCCUCGUGGCCCCCACCAGCCUCACCCCCUUUGGACAAAUAUCCAUCUCCUACGCAGCCGCCAACGUGAGCUUCGUGGCCAAUCAGUACGUCAAUUUCUUCUUCAACGCCGUCGUGUAUGGCGCUGGGGCAGAUGGCAUCAAGCACCCCUACACCGCCAACGAGACCGCCAUGGACUUGCUUCCGCCUUCCGACAAUUGGGCGCCUCCGGCCGAGAAUCUUCAUCUUCUAUACGGCAUGCGUCUCUCCAGCACCUUGCUCGAUGCCUUAGUGUGGGCUGCUCACGUGAGCGGCGCCUUUCACAUCCAAUCCAACACCUCUCUCCUCGAUGCCUGCAUCCAGAUUGAAACGUUCUUUGCCGAUCCCGUCUUCACCGUCGUUGCAGAAGACCUCGUCGACUUUUACGUUGCCAAUGGCUACAUUCAGGCCGCUUGCAACACCAGCGGCGCCUGGGAUGGCGAUACGCUGCUACACGUUCUGUUCCAAGACCUUGGUGGCUCGGGCCACAUGGUGGCAGACACGAACAAUGAGCAAGUAGGCGUUGCCCUGCAGGUCGAUGCGUUGGCCACGGACGCCCUCACCAUCAACGUGACAGCCCCCGACUUUCCCAUCCCCCGCGUAGCCAUCGAUCGCGGCCUCAUCCACCUCCUCAACGCCUCCGUGCCCCAAGUCAACAAGAUCCUCCUGUAUGAUGCCUUCUUCCUACCCAGCAGUCUAGUCCCCGACUUUCCCAAUGCCACCGUGCACAUUUAUCCACAGCCACCUCCGGCAGGCCUCCCAGGCCACGGCUACAUUGAAUUGCUCUCUGCUUGCACUUGUGACGACAGCAGCAAGCACACGUUUCGUGAGUGCGGGUUUUGCAACAAGGCCCAGCGCCCUCGAACACGGCGAGACUUUUCAGCUGCCCCUGGCUCUCUGAAGGGGCCCGCGUCAGCCACCAUCAAUGCCACUGUGGAUAUCAUCCUCUACACCUCGGCCAACUGUACCGUAGCACCUGUUGGGACACGCUUUCAGACCAUGCGCCUGGCAGUUCCCUCCGCCACACGGUCCGGCCAGCCUGGCGCAACACCAGCAUGCCAAGCCCUCGACGAUGGCACCUAUUACACCGUAUCCAUCAAUAGCAACAACACCUUGGCCCUGCGCCUACAUUGCACAGACGCUGCCUGCGUCAACUGUUCAGCUGCCUACGAUGCGGUCGAGCUCACCGCCUGCCUGCCCCUGGGGAGUUCGGGAGCCUUGGCCUGGGUCUACGAUGGCUGUACCGGCGGCAGCGAGCCCUCAGGCGCGCUGGCCAACAUGCCGGCCCUCAGCGUUGCUCGCCAAGCCACUUGCCCCCUUGCCGCUGGCUUAUCUCGCUCACUGUACACGCUCACCACUUCUGCUGCGUGUCUGCCCGUGGCACCUGCAAACCAAAAGUACAUCUCCACCUAUCGGAUGAAUCAAACAACGACGCUGGUCAACUUUGAGUGUGAUGCCACCUGUGCAGCCGCCAAGUGCAAGCUGUCUGCGCUCAUGACUCCUGGCGCCUGCAACCCCAUUGCCAAUGCUUCAAUCGAGCUCGUGCCAGAGCUCUCCCAGUGUGCUGUGCGCAACAAUGCGCAUCACGACGCCGGCAGCCACAAAAGCCCCGGCCUCGUGGUGGUCGUAGUUCUUGUCUUGGUUGGAUUGGUUGUAUUUUUUGCUCUCGUUUACCUUGCUCUCUUUUUGCGUCGGCGUGGCACACGCUGGAGCUACACUGGCGAUCACUGUCAGCGUAGCCACCGCGCGCUGGGCCGAGGUGCUCGCUACGUGAUACACAGCGCUCAGUGCGCUCGAGAGCGAUGUGAGAUGGUUGGGCGUAAAUGCGGGCGGGCCCUGCGCCGGGGCCUCACUGCAGGUUGGGGCUACACCGUCUCUGGUGCCAGAAGCGUGACGGGCCAUGUCCGACACGCGCCACAGGCACUGUCUUUGGCAGGCCUGAGCGAAUGGUGGGGCCGUCACUUUAUGCGGCCUCGAACUCAAUCAGAUUUGCCUGUCUUUGUCGUACUUGAGCUCGUGGCGUGCCAGGUCAUGGGCCUCAUGCUGAUUGUGCAUGGUGCCGUGUGGUGUGCGGCUGAUCCGCUGACAGAUCUUGCGCACUCCAUGUUCUCAGAUCUCGGAUUAUCCGCGCAGUAUCUGCGCGCGCGUGCAAUCGUUGUCCAUCUCGACGCCUGGUCUGGUGUUGGGCGCUACGGACACCUGACUGUCGGGUUUCUCUGUCUGGUGACAUCUUUUGUGAGCGUGACCAAACGUCGCGUGGAUGCAAUUUCUAGCCUGCAUGACCAUCGCUUUGGCUCCCGGUGCCGCGUGGCUGCGGUCACCUUGGCACUUGCCAUGCACGUCACGGUCAUGCUCCUGCCAGGAAUGCUUGUCGUGUACAGAGAUGAGGUGCAUAUGAACACCGAGGGCAACGAUUACUUUUUCACGCACGAUCCAGAAACCGCCGCAGCGCUUGCCGACAGCUUUGGACUGGCCUUUGCGAGCCUACUGUUUUCCAUGGUUGGCAAUAUCUUGCUUUACUUUGUCCACGCAUUGCCCAUGGCUUCCAUCUGGGCCACCAGCAUCGUGGCUCUGCAUAUCAACGAGCACCAUGCCGAGGUGGCAGCAGAAAUGGCCAACGCCGUUGAUCCGGAGGUUGCGCCUGAGGAUGAGACGAAGAGCGAGGGUGAGGCGAAGAACGAGGUUGAGACACCGGCCGCGGUUGAGAGGACCGAUUCUUUCCCCUCGCCGAUAAUUUCGGCUUUGGACGCCACGGCUAACAGGUCGCGACGCGGCGCGGCAAGCGAAACAACCAUCCUCAUCACGGACCAGCCGGUGCCGGCUACAUCAGACAUCCUGCCUCGCGCAGCCUCUUCCUCCACUAUCAGCGACGAUACAGAAGGCACGGAGCUCAGUUCCAACACCGCUUUGGCUGCUCUCGAUGCAACAGAUCUCAGCCGGCGCCGUGCGCAGAGUACCCAGCCCAUGGUUCGUCGAAGUUCUUCUUCAGGCUUGAGCGGCGAGUUGGACCGUACGCGGAGCGUCAGCCUGAGCAUGAGCAGUCGCGGUCGCACAAAACGGCAUCGCAACCGCAGCACCUUGGUGUCAGUGUCCAGCGCGCUGGCAUACGGUGCAAGCCAUGAGGCAGACGACGAGGCAGACGAGUCGGCUGAAGCAAACGCACGUAUUCUGGCGCUCAUCUCGCGCUUUGGCGUUCUCAACUCACUGCUGGCUGUAGUUGGCCCCGUAAUUGCUUCUGUUCCUGUCACCAUCUUCUAUCAAAGCUCUGGCAACGUGUCUUGGUGGGGCCUGCUGUGGCUGAUCAUGUGGCUUUGGCAGAGCAUGACGGCCUAUACGCACGAGUUGCUGCUGAGUCGCAACAUGCUGAGCAUUUUUCACGUGGCGUUUUUUUACGUGCUACCCGUAGCCAUGGGUACAAGUGCAUCGCUGUACGGCCAGGCCGAAUUCACCUCGAUGCCCGUCAUGUUCUAUGUCUCCGAGUUUUUCUUCUCCCUCUUUGGCUUUACGGCCUUCCUGACCGUCAUGCUAUCACCUCGUUUGGCCUGGACAGACGAAGAGCUCGACGCUGAGGCCGAGGACGACAAGGCUCGUCAGAUUUCUAUGCCCCUGGACGCAGUGCCGGCUAGCCCAAGUGCAUCAGCAACAUCUUGCUGGCCAAAACAAACGUGGGAUUCUGUGAGCAAAGGCUGUGUUUGUCACUGCCACGGCUCGACCCAGGACGAGGUGAACCCUCUCUGCACCGAUUGGGAUCAGCUUUGCUUGUGUCGAGGAGAGGAUGGUUCAGCCUGUGCUUGCCUCGGGUCGUUAUGGCCGUCUUCAACGUCCCAGCGGCGCUCGGAGCCGUCCUGGGACGAGGCCUGCGAGGCAGAUGAGGAGGCAACUUCGCUGCUCGGCACAGAUCGUGUGAGCGUCAACGGGGGUGGCGGUACUUUUGGUACCCCCGCAGCACAGCCAAAGUCGCCCCCCUCCACCUCUUCCUGGUGGUCGCGGGGAUGCAUCCGACUGGUUGAGGCGCGCUGGUGGCAGCGCUGGGUGCAGCCGGUUCUCGACUGGGCGUCAGAACGCAAGGAGCGAGCUGACCCCGCCACAUAUGGUCUUCGUCUCCCUUUCCGCCGACUUUUUUUUCUGGUGGGCGUUGCCAGUGUAUGGUACAUUGUCUUUCACACGCUGCAUGAAGUGGAGACCACCACCACCAAGGAAACAGUGAUUGAGUGGAUUCAACAUCUGCAUAUGAAUGUGACUUGGCCACCCGACUCGGAGGGCGGGAACAUUUUUGAUCCCGCCUUUCACCUCUACGACGAUGCCCGUCGAUGGUCGCUCUACUCUAUGGUGCUAGCAGCGUGCUUGCUUACCGUCUCCUUCUUCCUGGAGCUCUUGCCCAUUCGCAAGGCGCUGUACUACAGUCAUCUGGCGGGUUUUGCGAGCUUGUUGGCGCUCUUUAUUACGGCUGUCAUUCCCUCCAUUCCCAACUACGUGCAGGCUUGCAACCUCUCCGCCACCCUUCCAAAGUGUGCCCCCGAGUUUAAUCGCUUUAUCAAUCUCUUUAUCGGCGAUAUGGUGGGUUUGGCCUGCUCUGCCAUUUUUUCGCUGACCUUGCUCCCCCUGCUUUUGGCCGUCGUUCCAAGCUUGGUGCGCACGGCAAAGCUGGUACUGGUGGAUCAGCAAAAGCAUGGUGGCACUGCAGGUCACGAAGCCGAAUCGGAUCUCAAGGCCUUGUCGCCCGACGAUGACGACAAUAAUUUUGCAAGCCCAUCGGCUGUUGCUGAAGAAGUGGUGCCGCUGGUGCCGGCUCUGGGCGAUGCACCCCGCCCAUAUGUCAUCACCAACACCGAGGCCGUUCGCGCUGUGUUUCGCUAUUCCUCCAUGCUUGUACCCUUGCUUUGCGGCUUGCCGCUGGUGAUUUUGUAUCAAUUGGGGGGUGAUGAUGUCACCUCAGCUUUGAUCGUCAUGUUCGUGUUGCUGCCCUUGGUGGUGCCCGUUGCCAUGUAUCGCUGGCGCGUCCAGACGGUGUAUUGGAUCUGGCUCCUCGCCUACUUUGGGCCUUUGGUAGGCAUGAUGCUUUAUCAAAUUUUCAAGAACGAUCUCAAAGAGGCCCUUGUCCAUGUUUUGAAUGGCCCCGCCGUGUACAUUGAAAUCGCAGCUGAAAUUUGUGUUGCGAACGUGGUUGUGAGCGACAUCUUGUACCGGCAUGUGCGUGUGACGCACGCUUAA